AUGCGACCUGAUAUCGAUCACGUCGAUGAAUAUGUGCGAAACACCACUGCGAGAGCGUUCGCCGUCGUUGCAUCAGCGCUUGGUAUACCCGCAUUAUUGCCGUUCUUAAGAGCGGUCUGUCGCAGUAAGAAAAGUUGGCAAGCGAGGCAUACCGGUGUUAAAAUUGUGCAGCAGAUUCCUAUCCUCAUGGGCUGUGCUAUCUUGCCUCACUUGAAGGGCUUGGUAGAGUGUAUUGGCCCGAACUUGGAAGACGAGCAGGCCAAGGUUCGUACUGUGACCAGUCUGGCCAUUGCGGCAUUGGCAGAAGCAGCUAGUCCGUACGGUAUUGAGAGUUUCGAUACCAUUCUUAAUCCUCUGUGGACUGGUGCGAAGAAGCAGCGUGGAAAGGGUUUGGCUGGCUUCUUGAAGGCGGUUGGAUACAUCAUACCCCUUAUGGACGAGGAGUAUGCAAACUACUACACAUCUGAAGUGAUGGAGAUCCUUCUACGAGAAUUCCAGAGUCCUGAUGAGGAGAUGAAAAAGGUUGUUUUGAAGGUUGUCAGCCAGUGUGCGGGAACUGAGGGUGUGACUGCGGCAUACCUGAAGGAGAACGUACUCCCUGAAUUUUUCAAGGCGUUCUGGGUACGAAGGAUGGCCCUUGAUAAACGGAAUUAUCGUCAAGUGGUAGAGACAACAGUUGAUCUAGCUCAAAAAGUCGGGUGUGGAGAGAUUAUAGAGCGGAUCGUUGACCACCUUAAGGAUGAAAGUGAGCCAUACCGUAAAAUGACCUUGGAGAGUGUCGAGAAGGUCAUUGCCUCUCUGGGAGCGGCGGAUAUUGGUGAACGUCUAGAGGAAAGACUGGUAGAUGGUGUAUUGUUUGCGUUCCAGGAACAGACUAUGGAGGAUAUUGUUAUGCUUAACGGAUUUGGAACGGUUGUCAAUGCUCUGGGUACUCGGUGUAAGCCGUACCUUCCGCAGAUUGUCAGUACAAUCCUAUGGAGAUUGAACAACAAGAGUUCAGCUGUCAGACAACAAAGUGCAGAUCUGAUUUCGAGAAUUGCUGUCGUUAUGAAACAAUGCGGAGAAGAUGCUCUGAUGGGUAAACUAGGUGUCGUACUUUACGAGUACCUUGGGGAAGAGUAUCCUGAGGUUUUGGGUUCCAUUCUAGGCGCACUCAGGUCUAUUGUUACUGUCGUUGGUAUCAAUAGCAUGCAACCACCGAUUAAGGAUCUCCUUCCUCGAUUGACCCCUAUUCUUCGAAACAGACACGAAAAAGUGCAGGAGAAUACCAUUGAUCUGGUAGGUAGAAUUGCGGAUCGAGGUGCCGAGUUCGUAAGUGCGAGAGAAUGGAUGAGAAUUUGUUUCGAAUUGUUGGAUAUGUUGAAGGCGCAUAAGAAGGGAAUCAGACGAGCAGCGAACAACACAUUCGGGUUUAUCGCCAAAGCUAUUGGUCCCCAAGAUGUCCUGGCCACCCUACUCAACAAUCUGAGGGUUCAAGAACGUCAAUCUCGAGUUUGUACAGCAGUCGCCAUUGGUAUCGUCGCAGAAACCUGUGCGCCUUUCACUGUACUCCCUGCCCUUAUGAACGAAUAUCGUGUCCCUGAGCUCAACGUCCAGAAUGGUGUUUUAAAAUCACUUUCUUUCCUCUUUGAGUACAUCGGCGAAAUGGCGAAAGAUUAUGUCUAUGCCGUUACUCCUCUUCUUGAAGAUGCACUUAUCGACCGCGACCAAGUGCACAGGCAGACUGCUGCGUCGGUUGUCAAACACGUUGCACUUGGUGUCGUUGGUCUUGGUUGUGAGGAUGCUAUGAUGCAUCUGCUAAACUUACUUUACCCAAAUAUGUUCGAAACAUCACCUCACGUUAUCGACAGGAUAAUCGAGGCCAUUGACGCAAUCAGGAUGGCAAUCGGGCCUGGGUUGGUUAUGAACUACGUCUGGGCGGGGUUGUUCCAUCCUGCAAGAAAAGUGAGGACACCUUAUUGGAGACUGUAUAACAAUGCAUAUGUCCAGAGCGCAGACUGCUUAGUGCCCUUUUACCCAAAUCUCGAUGAAGAUCACCUGAUAGAUUGUGUACUUGGAAUACACUUUUGA